AUGGGGGAACCUGUAAUCCAGUUGAGGCAUAACCCGCGAUUUACCCCCUUCAAGGUUUUAGGGGCAUGGGUCUUGGGGGGUCCAGGAUUUAGUCUGCAUUACAUAGUCUACAAGGGGCAUAACUCCCAACACCCCAACUCAGAAUCUGCCAUUAAGGCCAACCUUGAAGUGCUGGCUUCAGUAACUGGAAGCCAUGGAGUACAAGAUGCAGCACUUCACCAUUAUACAAAAACUUUCAGAGGCUUCUCUGCUAUGCUAACAACAGAUCAAGCUGCAAAACUUGCAGUUUAUGGCAUUCUUAAAUUUUCAGAUAUAACCUCGGUUGCUAUUCUUUCAAGUACAAUUACUACAAAAUAUAGAGGAAUAAUAUAUAACAAGAAGCCUACUCUAGCUUUGAUUGUUUCAUUGAUUGCAGAGCACGAUUCAGUUCUGUCUGUGUUUGAAAGCAAGACAAACAAGAUCCACACGACACACUCGUGGGAAUUUCUGGGCUUAAACAGAUUGCAACGAAAUAAUCAAUUUUCAAUGCACUCAACAUCUGACAUAAUUGUUGGUGUCAUUGACAGUGGUAUUUGGCCUGAAUCGAAGAGCUUCAACAGCUAUGGAUUAGGACCUGUGCCCGCAAAAUUCAAGGGGGAAUGCUCAACUGGAGAGAAUUUCACAUUGUCGAACUGCAACAGAAAAGUUGAUAUACUACCGUCUGAAUUCAUUUUCAGAAAAAUUGUGGGAGCUAGAUUUUAUUCAACAGGGUUUGAAGCAGAAAAUGGUCCUCUAGAAUCAUUUGGUCUUACCUUUUUCCGAUCUGCACGAGAUAGUGAUGGGCACGGAACCCAUACUGCUUCCACUAUUGCUGGCUCACCUGUCGAUAAUGUUAGCUUAUUUGGAGUAGGGAAAGGCACUGCAAGUGGAGGUGCAAUAAGUGCUCGACUUGCAAUCUACAAGGCUUGCUGGUUCACUCUCUGUAGUGAUGCAGACGUUCUUGCUGCUUUAGAUGAUGCUACUAAUGAUGGAGUUGAUAUUAUAUCCAUGUCUCUUGGACCAGAUCCGCCCCAACCUAUCUACUUUGAGAAUGCGAUUUCAAUUGGAAGUUUCCACGCAUUUCAAAAAGGAAUUGUCGUUUCUGCAUCAGCUGGGAAUAGUUUUUUUCCAAGUACUGCAACUAAUGUUGCUCCUUGGAUCCUUACUGUUGCAGCAAGCACCAUGGACCGUGAAAUUCAGACUAAUAUCUACCUAGGAAAUUCAAAAGUCAUAAAGGGAUUCAGUAUAAAUCCACUUAAAAUGGAGAGCUUUUAUGGUUUGAUAGCAGGGAGCUUCGCAACGUCUCCCGGAGUUUCCCCCCAAAAUGCUAGUUUCUGUAAGAACAACACCUUAGAUCCCAACUUGAUCAAGGGGAAGAUUGUUGUCUGCACACUUGAGUUACUCACUGAUAACCGCAGAGAGAAGGGCAUUAUUGUAAAACAAGGUGGAGGUGUAGGGAUAAUACUCGUUGAUCCACUCGCCAAAGAUAUCGAAAUUCAGUUUGUACUACCAGGUACCAUGAUAGGUCAAGAAGAAGGAGCACAGCUGCGAGAAUAUAUGACUGUACAGAAGAAUCCAGUGGCCAGAUUAUACCAAACAGUUACAGUUUUGCCCACUAAGCCAGCCCCCGAAAUGGCAAUGUUCUCAUCAAUGGGUCCAAAUGUUAUCUCUCCAGAUAUAAUCAAACCCGAUAUAACAGCACCUGGAGUGAAUGUUUUGGCAGCAUGGUCUCCAGUUGCUACCGAUGCUACUGCUGGUAGAUCCCUUGACUACAACAUAAUCUCUGGUACUUCCAUGUCUUGUCCACAUGUUUCUGCACUAGCUGCCAUUGUAAAAUCCUCUCAUCCUUCAUGGAGCCCUGCAGCAAUAAAGUCUGCAAUAAUGACAACAGCAACAAUUCUUGAUAACACUCGGAGCUUUAUCAGAAGACAUCCAAAUGACACUCAGACCUCACCUUUUGACCAUGGAUCAGGCCAAAUAAAUCCAGCUGCAGCAAUUGAUCCUGGUUUAGUUUAUGAUUUGGAUUCUACCGACAUCAUUGAUUUCCUCUGCAGCACUGGUGCAAGUCCUGCUCAGCUGAAAAACCUUACUGGUGAUACAAUGUAUUGCAAGAACAAUCCCACAUCCCCUUAUGAUUUCAACUAUCCUUCAAUUGGGGUCUCUAAUAUGAAAGGAAAUCUGUCGGUGCAUAGAAAGGUGACAUACAUCGGUAAAGGGCCAACUGUUUAUAAAGCAAAAAUGGACUACCCGGAUGGUGUAAAAGUCUCAGUCAUACCUAGUGAGCUCAAAUUUAAAAAUCCAGGUGAGAAAAUGUCUUUUAGGAUAGAGUUUACACCCUACAAGACUAGUAACGGAGACUUUGUUUUUGGGGCCUUGACUUGGACUAACGGGAUCCACAGGGUAAGAAGUCCUAUUGGUCUUAAUAUACUCUCAGUUUAGGAACCAAAUUUAAUCAUAUGUAUUAAACAAUUGAGAAGUUUCUGGGAUUACAUAUUGCAAGGGAUGAUACCUUUCAGAAGGAAUUAAAUUGUAACAGGCAUUUCAAUUAUAACACCAAAAUCAUACCAGCAUGAGCUACACAACUUUAGCUAACACCGUAUUAAGCAUUUAGCAUCAUUUACGAAAUGGACACCUUCAUUCAGACACGUAAAAUUUUGCCCAAUGAUUAAUGAUAGCUCUUUAACCGCAUUAUUUUUUGAUAAAAACUUAAAAUGAGAAUUUCUUUCUUUCUCCUUUUUCCUUAAACCUACCUUCUUAUGUUGAAAGUAUGCAUUUGGUAAUAUUGACAUUCCACUGGCAGAUUUGACAUAAGCAUGUUUAACCGUACACGGUACAUACCCAUAAUAAACACUAGUUCAGGGAUCAUGGCGUCUAUGAUAGAUGUCUUCACAACUCCCAGACUGUGCUUUUCUGUAGAAACCGUACUCACUCAAAUAUGUAAAUUUAAGCAAUUCAGAAAGCCAGACAACCUGUUUCGAGUGCAGUUGUAGAUGAUGGAUGGUAAUAUAUGUCUCUUAAUCUACGGAAAACAAGACAACUGCUUAAAGUACAACAUUCUUGAAUAUAUUCACCUGGGUUCUGAAAUGGAAACACUUUCAUGUAAAUAUGAAGAUAACCUUUUGAAUUCUAGUUAUGUUGAUGGCAACAGGAAGACGAAAAUCUAAACUUAAAACUGAUAGUAGAAAGAAUUCCACUGUUGUUCAUAGCAAUGUGAAGAACCACAGAAUUUCUUCUGGGAAACAAGGCAAGCCUAAUAUUUUGUACCCAAACAACUGUGCAGUUUCUCUUUUUCCUUGUAAGUUUAUUAUUUGCAUUGCUAAUCUGGUUAGAAAAAAAAAAGGUGGAAUCAGAUUAGGAAAAGAGAG